CUGUGCAAGUAGCCUGCAAGCCUGUAGCCUACUGGUAGCUGCGUGGCAGUUGCACUGUAAUCGAUCCAGGGAGACAGGGGAAGCAGGAGGAAGGGUGAAGGAGAGAGAUGGUAGCCAAGCGGCCAGUGUCCUCGCUGCGGCCCCCGACGCAGCACGCGGACGGCUUUCGCGAGGUCUCGGGAGCGGCGGCGGUUUGGACGGACGUGACCAAGGCGUACGGAUUCAUCGACAUCACGUACAAGGUGGCGUACGAAGACAUGACCGCCAAAAUCGCCAUUAACAGGCCUGAGCUACACAAUGCCUUCCGACCAAUUACGGUCAACGAGAUGCGAAAGGCCAUGGACUUGGCCCAGGAUGACAGCGGAGUCGGCGUGAUCAUCCUAGCGGGGGAGGGAACCCUAGCUUUCUGCUCAGGGGGCGACCAGAGGGUGAAGGGGGAAGGCGGCUACGACGACGGCUCGGAGGACGUGCCCCGCCUGAGGGUACUGGACCUCCACGUGCAGAUGCGCCGGUGCCCCAAGCCGAUCAUAGCAAUGGUGGCCGGGUACGCCGUGGGCGGCGGGCACAUCCUGCACAUGGUCGCCGAUCUCACCAUCGCCGCCGAUAACGCGGUCUUCGGGCAGACGGGGCCCAGGGUCGGAAGCUUUGAUGCAGGGUACGGCUCGACGCACAUGGCGCGAAUCGUGGGGCAGAAGAAGGCCAGGGAGAUCUGGUUCCUGUGCAGAUAUUACUCCGCUAAGGAGGCGCUUGACAUGGGGCUGGUCAACACGGUUGUGCCUCUCGACGAGUUGGAGCUGGAGACCAUGAAGUGGUGCCGGCGAAUAGUUCAGAACAGCCCUACGGCGAUAUCGUGCCUGAAGGCGGCCCUCAACGCCGAUGAGGACGGGCAGGCGGGCGUGAUGCAGCUCGCCGGCAACGCGACGCGACUCUUCUACCUGUCGGAGGAGGGCAAAGAGGGCAAGAACGCCUUUCUCGAGAAGCGAAAACCCGAGUUCCGGAAGCUCCUCACUUCCAAGUUGUGACCCCACGCACGAGUCUCUGCUGCCCGUGUUCGUCCUUUGGGAUGAUACUGUAGCACAGCAGGGAGCGAGGGGAGAGAGCUGGGUGUCCAAGGGAUUUCUAAGGCUGCUCGCUUCCAAGUUGAGACCCGAAGCAUCUGUGCGUUCUCUGGAAUGACCGCACAGCAGGGAAGAGAGAGAUCUUGGUAUUCCGGGGAGUUCCGAAAAUUGUUCACUCUGUUGUGUUUUGGCCCGAUACGCCGCGGCGUGCCUCCUGGGAUAACCGUAAGAGUUUCCUUGGCUGGGUUCAUUGCACCCGGAGGAUCUAGGACUACGCUUCCGCCGCGUUUUGGAUAGCUCUUGUUGUCGCUUGAUCGCGUGUCCCUUCGGCAUUGCAGCACGAGGACCAAAACUUUUGAAGAAUGAAGGGCAGUCGGUUCUUGGGCUUCCGGGUUGGCAGAAGCGGCUGCAGCAGAGCACCCCUCGCUUUGGCAUCGCUGUUGGAGGGGGUUUCGUCGAAAUUGUUUGAUAGACAUUCGCUCCGCAUAGCCUCAGAUAGAUACAUACGUGCACUCCGUAGCCAAUAGAAGUGUUGCAUGUAGAUCCGCCUUUUCCCGCACUUGCCGAACGCAUGGAUGGGAAGGGACUAUUCUUGCUCGUGAUCUUUUCCGGUUGCUUGGUGGAUACAGUAACCAAGGGAGCGGUUGUUGGCAUUGAAUAGGAGAUCGGAUUGAUCUUGUUCUCGACGUGUGUGUGAAGCAACUUUUUAGAUUUGUGCCGUUGCCAAGAAAAGCACUUGCCGUCAGACCAGGGACCCUAAACCUACACGUACGUGGGCCCU